AUGACCAGCGCCACGGUAUACAGAAUGAAGCAUAGCGAUAACACUGCUAACCAUCAUCCUGAAGAUGGAACUGCUCCGGUAGGACACGGCCCACCCAGAGCACCAUCGGAAGAGUCAACGUACGAUAGUGCGGAAUCCGAGUACUAUCUUGCGCUCAGCUACAAUGGGUACGACUUCUUCCGGUGCGUCGUAGAGAUUGCGCUCAGUGUAUCCUUCCUGGCGGCAAACAGUAAUCUACUGCGGCUGCUAAUUAGCUUUAAGGAGACGGAAUCGUUCAUCGUGAGCGAGGUGCUGGUAACCGUUUCGAUCGUACUGCAGAUUCUGGUGGCCAUUUCCAUCGUAACGAUUACGCAAGUGAAUGAUCCAAGUCGAUACGCAAAGAUGAAAGCAUGUGCCGUGACGGGUGCGAUUAUCAUUUCUCUCGUAAAUCUGUUGAUCCCGUUCAUGAUCAACGUGGAACACUCGCGGAUCGAUUUUGGCGAGAUCUAUCGAAGUUUCGCUGAACAUCCAGGACAAUAG